UGGUGCAACUUUACUGCAGUUUAUUGUUUUCAGAAGAGAAACGUGAACAAAGUGUGUCCUCAACACUUAUUCUGACUGUUACUACGGUCGGAAAAAAGAAGCAAAAAUGCAGCCCGUCAUAUGGGCACUACUCGUCACGCUGUGCGUAACGGUUAAAGCGGCAGAAAUUCAAAACACUAAAACGAUAGAUGAUAGUUUAGAAUUUACUGCUACUACAUUAGCGAUAGAUGAUAGUCCACUAAGUAGAGCUAAGCGCAACGGUAACUUCCGAGGAGCAUUUCGUGGCCAAACCCAAUCACAGUACUUACAUUUCGGUGAAAAUCAAGACGGCAAGGCAGAAGCCGAAGCGACACAGCAUGGAUCCAGAGCGGUAGUCGUUGGUUCCAAUGGUAUGGGACAAGCUCAGAGCCAGUCAAUGGGAGCUGACUGUGGCUCAUGUGAUGGUGGUAGUUAUUUGUACGAUGCACGACCGGACCCUUUAAGGGUUCCGGAUGGUGAUAGAUUACGACUACCGGAUGGUUACGAUUAUCGAGUUCCUGGUACAAAUGGUGCUGGAGUAGGAGGGGUACAACAUCCUGGUUCUACAGAUACUGGAUUUAGACCAGGUUCCGACAGUUUUGGACAAUUUGGACAACCCGGAGUCUUAAGACCUGCUGGAAGGCCUAGUGACGCAGGGCCUGGUACUGGAGCUCCCGGUCGACCAGGUGAUGCUGGAGCUGGAGCUGGUGUGGAUGCAUACGGGAGACCAAUUGGUGCAAGACCUACUGAUGGAAGACCAGGUAGACCCAGCGAUGCAGGUGUAGGUGCUGGCUGGCGACCGGGUGAUGGAGGUGCAGGAGCUGGAGUUGAUGCGUAUGGAAGACCUAUCGGGGAAAGACCAGGUGAUGAUUAUGGACGUCCGGGAACACCUGGACGACCUGGUGUGGGGCCUGGAGUCGAUACUUAUGGUAAGCCGAUAGGCGGAAGGCCAGGCGAUGAUACGUAUGGAAGACCUGGUACUUUAGGACGGCCUGGGGACAAUGGCGCAGGUACUAAUGUAGAUGCAUAUGGUACACCAGGUGGCUUACGACCAGGCGAUGACUCAUAUGGAAGGCCAGGAGUAGUUGGCCGUCCUGGUGAUGCUGGAGCUAGUGUUGACGUAUAUGGUAGACCUAUUUCCGGAAGACCAGGAGAUGACCUAACCGGAAGACCAGGCGCAGGGAGACCAGGUGACAGAUUAGUUGAUGGUUAUGGUAGACCAGCAGGACCUGACGGACGACCUGGUGAUCAUGGCGCUGGGAUAGAUUCAUUUGGAAGGCCAUCAGCAGGUAGACCAGGUGAUGGAUCGGGUGAUGUUUCAGGAAGACCAGGAGUAGGACCGGGGCGACCAUCUGAAGUUGACUCGUAUGGACGACCAUUAGGCCCUGACGGAAGACCUACUGGAACUAAUGGUAGACCCGUUGGUCCAGAUGGAAGACCACUUGGUCCUGUAGGACCUGAUGGGAGACCACUCAUUACUGACGGCCGUCCUAGUCAAUUACCUGGAUUCGCUCCAGGAACCGGAGGUCCCGGAAGUAUUGGAGGACCGGGAACAAUUGUAGGUAGACCAGGUUCGACUGUACCACCAAGCGGCCCUGGUACAAUAGGAGGUACAGGACUGACUCCCGGCAGGCCAGGUGCAGGUACAACCGGUGUAGGAGGGCCUGGAACCGUUGGAGGACCUGGAACAUUUGGAGGACCUGGAACGGUUGGCGGACCUGGAACGAUUGGAGGACCUGGAGCAGUUGGAGGACCUGGCACGGUUGCAGGACCUGGCGUACCAGGUGUUCCUGGAUUUAUAGGAGCAUCUGGUGGACCGGGUAUCAUUGCGGAUGUUCCUGGAAGACCUGGAACAUAUCCCAUUUCAGGUGGGACACUGCCAGGUCCAGCUAUACCAGGGUACAUUCAGCGGCCAGGAGAAACUACAGGAUAUUAUACUCCUAGACCACAGGGACCUCAGCAACAUAUUAUUGGACCAUCUCUAACUGAUGUCGGAUCUUCUGAUACAACCGGUGUAUACCAUACAGGUGCCCAUUCAGUAACACUUCCCGGACAUGAUCACACUGUCGUUAACCCUACUGGUGGACUCACUGUUUUAGUAGGAACGGGAAGCCCUAAGCAGACGGUAAUUGGCUCUGACAGUCGCUUAGAUGGACAUGGGCCUGUAAAAAUCCUUUCAGGUCCAGCAGACAGCAGUGGACCACCAAAACAAACCGUUUAUGCACAUCCCGGUGGCGUUACAGUGCUGGUGGGAACAGGUGGCCCACAUCAAACGGUACAUCAUUUACCAGUUAGUGGCGGUUAUGGACACGGAACUGCGGGUGUCGGUGUUCCUAUUGGCCCUCAACAAGUUCAAACUGUAGGAGCUGCAGGUCAGCAUCCAGGAGGAUUCGUUCAUACACAUCCAGGGAUCACGGGUCAGCCCGGCACUAGUGGACAAGUACCGAUUGCAGGAGCAGGCGUAGGUGUUGGUCAGAUUCCUGGAGGUCAACUAAGACCAGGUGGCUUAUCCCCCGGGCAUUAUCAUACAGGGCAGCAUCCUAUCGGACCUGCGGGACAUUAUCCUGGAGGUGUCGGUCAAUAUCCAAGUGGUCCAGGAUCUGGACAUUAUCCAGGUACUGGUCAGCAUCCCGGGGGUACAGGGGUUGGACAUUAUCCAGCAGGACAAUUUCCUGGUGCUACAUCAGGGCAGUUUCCGAUUGGAACAGGUGCUGGUCAAUAUCCAGGAGGUACGGGCGCAGGACAGUAUCCUGGUGGAGCAGGACACUUCCCUGGGGGGCAAUACCCGGGUACCACAGGUGGUGGGCAAUAUCCGGGAGGAGCAGGUGCUGGUGCAGGUCAAGUCCCAGGAACAGGACAAUAUCCAAGUGGAACAGGAAUGGGUACCUAUCCGGGUACCAGCAGUGGUCAGUAUCCAACUGGAGCAGCAGGUACUGGAGCAGGACAUUACCCAAGUGGAGCAGGUACUGGACAGUACCCAAUUGGCGGAACUGGUGUGACUGGUGGGCAAUAUCCUGGAGGAACAGGCGUCGGAGUUGGUCAGUACCCAGUAGGAGGACCCGGUGUAGGCACUGGUCAAUAUCCAGGAGGUGUAGGUACGGGGCAGUAUCCAGGUUCAGGACAACUACCAGGAGGUGUAGGUACUGGAACUGGGCAAUACCCGGGAGGAGUUGGCGCAGGUACAGGGCAGUAUCCCGGCGGUGUCGGAGCGGUUACAGGGCAUUAUCCCGGAGGUCCUGGUGUAGGUGCAGGGCAGUACCCAGGAGGUGUCGGAACAGGAAUUGGAAGUCAUUACCCGGGUGGAGCUACAAGCACUGGUGGAGUAGGUACCGGUACAGGACAUUACCCAGGAACAGGUGUUGGGCCUGGUGCUGGUCAUUUCCCUAGUGGAGGAGCAGGUCAGUAUCCAGGAACAAGUGUAGGACAAUAUCCCGAUGGAGGUUCAGGGGGUGCUGGAACUGGAGUUGCACAAUAUCCAGGUGGCUCCGUCGGUACGGGUGCAGGACAAUAUCCUGGUGGAACAGGUACAGGUGCAGGUCAAUAUCCAGGAGCAGGAACAGGGGCCGGUCAAUACCCAGGUGCAGGAUCAGGGGCAGGUCAAUACCCAGGCGCAGGAACCGGUGCCGGUCAAUAUCCAGGAGCAGGAACCGGUGUCGGUCAAUACCCUGGAGCAGGCACAGGUGUUGGUACCGGUGUAGGACAAUAUCCAGGAGCAGGAACCGGCGUCGGUCAAUAUCCAGGCGCAGGAACAGGUGCCGGUCAAUACCCUGGAGCAGGAACCGGUGCAGGACAAUAUCCAGGAGCAGGAACCGGUGCUGGUCAAUACCCUGGAGCAGGCACAGGUGUUGGUACCGGUACAGGUCAAUAUCCAGGAGCAGGAACCGGUGUCGGUCAAUACCCUGGAGUAGGAACAGGAGGUGGUACCGGUGCAGGUCAAUAUCCAGGAGCAGGUGUUGGUACCGGUGCAGGUCAAUAUCCAGGAGCAGGAACAGGAGUUGGUACCGGUGCAGGUCAAUAUCCAGGAGCAGGAACAGGUGUUGGUACCGGUGCAGGUCAAUAUCCAGGAGGAGGAACCGGUGCCGGUCAAUAUCCUGGAGCUCCUGGUACAGGCCAACACUCAGGAGUAGGCACCGGUACAGGUCAGUCAGUAGGCACUGGUGCUGGUACGGGACAGUACCCAGGAGGAGUAGGUACCGGUACAGGUCAAUAUCCAGGUGUUGGCACAGGACAACUUCCAGGUGGUACCGGUGCAGGUCAUUACCCGGGAGGAGCAGGAACAACUUACCCAGGCGGUCAAUACCCAGCAAAUGUGGAUCAAUAUCCGCUUACGAUUCCUCAAGCAGGAGGAGCAGGAGCCGGAACAACCGCUGUUGGUGGACCAUCAAAUAUUCAGGUUGCCGAAGAAGAUGAUGCAUUUUCUCAGGCUGAAACAUCCGUGAAGAAUGGCGAAGCUAUGGCAAGUGCACAAGGGCGAAAGAAUGGAGGCACAGCGCAGACUCAAGUAUCCGGAACGUAUACCGGAGCGGGUUCAUUUAGUGCUAGUGCACAAACAAGUGAUAGCGAUAGAUCCGCACAGGCACAAGUAUCCGGAGGCAAAGACGGCGCAUUAAGUUCUGCUCAAGGUGCGGGUGGUGUAGGAAAAUCGCAGUCACAGGUUCAGGUGAACUCGAAGACCGGAGGAACAUCUGCUACGUCACAGAGCGGUGGUUUGGGUCAUGAAAGUCAAUCGGAGGUUGUAGCAAAUGAGAAAGGUGGAUUAGCAGAUGCCCAAUCGAGUGGACCAGGACAAACCUCGUCGCAGGCACAAAUCGGAUUCCGACCUCAGGGUGAGGAUAGCGCACAGUUAAACAUCUUCAACGGUGGUGGGCAAGCUUCAGCCCAGUCCGGAGCACACUCUGGUCAAAGCCAAUCGCAAAUCAGCGGAAAUUUCAAGUUUGGAAUUUCCUAUCAUGGAGCAGCUCAAGCUGCAUCAGGAACAAAGGAGCAGGUAUCGCGUUACCGAGAAAAGGGAAAGCAGCUGUUCCAAACGAUAAAUCUUUACGGCCGAACUAACGGUGCCUCAACGAGACGAGAGUCCGACGGAGUUGAUGCCAACGGUAUGAGACUACGGACAUCUCAGCAAAGUUCCGUUACCGAUUUCCAGACACCUCCCAAACCGGAUGAGGAAGUCGAAUAUGAGGAAGAAGACGAAUACGAAGAGGAUGAUUAUGACCAAGUAACCGAGAGCACAGGUCUGGUAGGAGUUGAAGCUAAAUCGCGAAAGACAUCAAGCGAUAAUGAAGAAGCGAAGACAACCAUUGUGGAAUUACCUCCGCCAACAGUUAUGACUGCAUCGGGUACAACAGCUCGUCCUAACAGGAACUACAAUAUCAAUAGUGGUAAUGGAAAGACGUUCUCCCAAAACACUCCAACGCAGAAGCAGACCGCCUUCGUCCCGAAUCUGGACAAGUACCGACUCGUACAGACGCAAAACGGCAAGACUUCGGUGCACGAUGCUUCCAGCGAGAAAACUCCCGAAGGAUUUAGCGAUAUUCAUGGUGAAACAUCAUCCAGCGUAGAUACAACUACAGCUGCAACAACCACUACCUUACGAGUGACAAGUUCAACUCCAAAGUACAACACGCGCUAUCUGCCAUCGAAGCAUGCAGAUGCGACGAACAACCGAAUCAACGGCGCCGGUGUCAAGCAACCUAAUCCGGACAGCUACAUCUCAGUCACUAAGCAGGUGACCGGCAUCGAUGAGAACAGCAAAGUGCCUGCGAUCCCAGGCAAGAACUACGAGUCAACUUAUUACACGAAAUCGUCCACCUGCGGAUAUUUCACCUUUUCGUGUAACAUAGUGUACGGCGAGAAUGGUCGAAGCAAGAUUUGCAAGCCAAAACCACCCACGAAUGGAAAAUGCUAAACAAGAGCUGGUAAUAGACCGAAAUAGAACUUCACACACGCACAUACAUGCACAAACAUACAUAACUGCCAUCAAAUCCAAACGUUAUUUUAAGGUGAAAGUCACUCAUCAAAACUGCCACAGACGUUGUUGUUGACGUCGCCAUAGACUCGUACCAGUAGUGGCCAGUGCCAUAAGCGAUAAGAUUUUUACCAAAAAGUUAAACCCUAGUGAUCCAAAGAUAGUGAAUAAACAUUGUACGUACUUUCCCCA